AGCUGCAAACACUCGACGGAUUUGAGCUGUUCGUUCUGCUUUGAUGAUUGGACAGCGGUAAUCUUCAAAGGCACAACUCUUCAUUCUGACUGGCUGGAGUUCUGAUCAAACUCCCGUGUGUUCACUUUACUCCAACAUUCUCCCGCGAUUCAAGAGGCGCAAGUUACCUCUCUUUUGGGAACUAAAGGAUCGACAGACCCUCAUAAUGCACCAUGACCCACUGCAGGCUUUCCUUCAGGAUCGAACAUCAAGCUCAACUCCAGAAUCCAUCAAAUCAUCUCCCUUGAUGUUGCUGGAAGACACCUGUAAUCGCAUUGGCCGUGCAUCCCAAUCCAUGGAGUCCUACAUCCCAUAUGCUUCCCCAAAUAAACUCUUCCAUCCCUGGAGAAGUACUGACUCCACUCAUCUAUCCCAAUCAACCUUCUCUAUUCCUCCUUUACACCAGGACAUGCCACUGACCGAACACUUUGACUGUUCACCCCUGAAGAUGUUGCCUUGCCCAUCCUCAUGUAUUUCAACCUGCGUACCCACACACACCGGACUCGUGCACGCGCAGAGACAUUUGGCACGGGAUGACAUCCAAUGGUGGAGCUCCGCCAAUCACUCCUCGGCGCAUUUUCAGCUCACACGUGGGUGGAUUUUGGGUCAGCCAGAGUUUGGCCACUAUCAGUCCCAAAUCCUGCUGAACUCAAAGUCACGACAAAGCCGGAGAUGCAUGUGUCCUAAUUGCCAGAAAAACGCCGACACGCCGGGCAGGAGAAAGCAGCACGCCUGCCACAUACCAGGCUGCGCGAAGGUGUACGGAAAGACAUCUCACCUGAAGGCGCACCUGAGAUGGCACGCGGGGGAGAGGCCCUUCAUCUGCAGCUGGAUGUUUUGCGGGAAAAGUUUCACGCGCUCGGAUGAGCUCCAGCGACACCUGCGCACACACACCGGGGAAAAGCGAUUCACCUGCCCGGACUGCUCCAAGCGCUUCAUGCGCAGUGACCACCUGGCCAAACACCUGAAGACACACCUGAUGAGGAAGAACAGAGGGCUUUUUCCCAUGCUGGAUCACAUCAACAAAACUCUUGCAUCUUAAAUAUACUUCUGUAACCAUUUACUGGAUGUUGUCGUAUGAGCUUUAAAAUAAAUAGGCUGUGAAUGAAA